AUGUGGGAUGAUUUGUCACCAGAAGCCUUUUUGACACUUGGUAAAUGUUCUUUCAGACAUAGACAUGAAAAAAAAAAUCAUAUGUUGGGUAUUUGUUUCUAUCAACAUCCAGAAAUUGAGAAAUUUUACAGGGAAACAUUCAAAUUACUUAAAGAUGAUCCAAUAAUUAAUGAAAAUAAUUCUGAUUUGCUUAAUGCUGGACUAAAUAAAUCCAUAACUGCUAUAGAGUUGACUGAAUCAACAAAACCAAUGAAAUUG